GCACUUGCCCUUGUUUUGAAUACAUCCCUAUCAUGACAAUAAGUAUGAGCCAUGCAAUGGCCCAAGAGCAAGUGUGUCGGUGGUGCGGCGCUAGGCGGCGGGGAGGCAAGGGGAUGUCUUCCGUGGAGGACUUUGAGGGAAUCCUUAAAAAAUGUGGAUACAACAUAUAUCAUGAUAACGAGUACUACCAUCCUAAGAAGAUCUGUCAGAAGUGUCGAGUGGUGUUGGUCAUGAAUAUAGACGAUCCAGAAACGUGUCUGGAGAACCUACCGCCUAUGGUUGAUUGGGGAAGUCCUAAAGACCAACUCAAAGACCACUCCAAAUGCCGAGUGUGUCUAGCUGCACUAGGCCGGCUGCCAGGUGUACGUCCACCGGAUUCGUGACUCAUGCUGUACGUGUUUCUG